GUGAUCCGGCAUGGAGGCGGUGGCGGCGGCCGGGAGGAGCCGCCGGGGUAGAAGCCGCACUUGUUAGUGUGGUGGGAGGAGGGGGCCGGGGGACGCCGACGCCGACACCGUCACCCAGGGACGCCGAGAAGGCGGGAGUGGGGGUGGGGGCGAGGUCAGGCUCCGACCCCCGGCCGAGGGGAUGAGGGGAGCAUGGGCGCCAAGGAGUCACGGAUCGGAUUCCUCAGCUACGAGGAGGCGCUGAGGAGAGUUACAGAUGUGGAGCUCAAGCGACUCAAAGAUGCCUUCAAGAGGACCUGUGGACUCUCGUAUUACAUGGGCCAGCUCUGCUUCAUCAGAGAAGUGCUUGGGGAUGGAGUGCCUCCAAAAGUUGCUGAGGUGAUUUACUGUUCUUUUGGUGGAACAUCUAAAGGGCUGCACUUCAAUAAUUUAAUAAUUGGACUUGUUCUCCUUACAAGAGGAAGAGAUGAAGAGAAAGCAAAAUACAUUUUUAGUCUUUUUUCAAGUGAAUCCGGGAGCUAUGUUGUACGAGAAGAAAUGGAAAGAAUGCUGCAUGUGGUGGAUGGUAAAGUCCCAGAUACGCUCAGGAAGUGUUUCGCAGAGGGUGAAAAGGUAAAUUAUGAAAAGUUUAGAAAUUGGCUGCUUCUAAACAAAGAUGCUUUUACCUUCUCCCGUUGGCUGCUGUCCGGAGGUGUGUAUGUCACCCUCACAGAUGAUAGUGACACUCCUACUUUCUACCAAACUUUGGCUGGAGUCACACAUUUGGAAGAAUCAGACAUCAUUGAUCUUGAGAAACGUUAUUGGUUGCUAAAGGCUCAAUCCCGGACUGGAAGAUUUGAUUUAGAGACAUUUGGCCCAUUGGUUUCACCACCUAUUCGUCCAUCUCUAAGUGAAGGCUUAUUUAAUGCUUUCGAUGAAAAUCGUGACAAUCACAUAGAUUUUAAAGAGAUAUCUUGUGGGUUGUCAGCCUGUUGCAGGGGGCCCCUUGCUGAAAGACAAAAAUUUUGCUUCAAGGUGUUUGAUGUUGAUCGUGAUGGAGUGCUCUCCAGAAUUGAACUCAGAGACAUGGUGGUUGCACUUUUAGAAGUCUGGAAGGACAACCGCACCGAUGAUAUCCCUGAGUUACAUAUGGAUCUCUCUGACAUUGUAGAAGGCAUAUUGAAUGCACAUGACACCACAAAGAUGGGCCAUCUUACUCUGGAAGACUAUCAGAUCUGGAGUGUGAAAAAUGUUCUUGCCAAUGAAUUUUUGAAUCUCCUUUUCCAGGUUUGUCACAUAGUUCUUGGUUUAAGACCAGCUACUCCAGAAGAGGAAGGACAAAUUAUUCGGGGAUGGUUAGAACGAGAGAGCAGAUAUGGCCUGCAGCCAGGUCAUAAUUGGUUUAUCAUCUCUAUGCAGUGGUGGCAGCAAUGGAAAGAAUAUGUCAAAUACGAUGCCAACCCUGUUGUAAUUGAGCCAUCAUCUGUUAUGAAUGGAGGAAAAUAUUCAUUUGGAACAGCAGUACAUUGUAUGGAACAGAGUGAAGUUGGAGGCAGCAUCAGCUAUGGGAAUGCAGAAGAGAAAUUUUCAGACAAUGUUUCUUCUGCAUCUGAAGCUUCGGAAACCACUGGCAGUGGCUUUCUGUAUUCUGCCUCACCGGGGGCAGAUAUGUGUUUUGCUCGACAACACAACACUUCUGACAAUAACAACCAAUGUUUGUUAGGCGCCAAUGGGAAUAUUUUGUUACACCUUAAUCCUCAGAAACCAGGGGCUAUUGAUAAUCAGCCACUAGUAACUCAAGAACCAGUAAAGGCUACAUCAUUAACACUAGAAGGAGGACGAUUAAAACGAACUCCACAACUGAUCCAUGGAAGAGAUUAUGAAAUGGUCCCUGAACCUGUAUGGAGAGCACUUUAUCAUUGGUAUGGAGCAAACCUGGCCCUACCUAGACCAGUGAUCAAGAAUAGCAAGACAGACAUCCCAGAACUGGAAUUGUUUCCUUGCUACCUUCUCUUCCUGCGACAGCAGCCUGCCACCCGGACACAGCAAUCCAACAUCUGGGUGAAUAUGGGAAAUGUACCUUCUCCGAAUGCACCUUUAAAGCGAGUCUUAGCCUAUACAGGCUGUUUUAGUCGAAUGCAGACCAUCAAAGAGAUUCAUGAAUAUCUGUCUCAAAGGCUGCGCAUCAAAGAGGAGGAUAUGCGCCUGUGGCUGUACAAUAGUGAGAAUUACCUUACACUUCUGGAUGAUGAAGAUCAUAGAUUGGAAUAUUUGAAAAUUCAGGAUGAACAGCACCUGGUCAUUGAGGUCCGCAACAAAGACAUGAGUUGGCCUGAGGAGAUGUCCUUUAUAGCGAACAGCAGUAAAAUAGACAGACACAAGGUUCCCACAGAAAAGGGAGCUACUGGUCUGAGUAACCUGGGAAAUACAUGCUUCAUGAAUUCAAGCAUCCAGUGUGUUAGUAACACACAGCCACUGACACAGUAUUUUAUCUCAGGGAGACAUCUUUAUGAACUCAACAGGACAAAUCCCAUCGGUAUGAAAGGUCAUAUGGCUAAAUGCUAUGGUGAUUUAGUACAGGAGCUCUGGAGUGGUACUCAGAAGAACGUUGCCCCGUUAAAGCUUCGGUGGACAAUAGCCAAAUACGCACCAAGGUUUAAUGGAUUCCAACAACAAGACUCCCAGGAGCUUCUGGCUUUUCUCUUGGAUGGUCUCCAUGAGGAUCUGAACCGAGUCCAUGAGAAGCCAUAUGUGGAACUCAAGGACAGUGAUGGCCGACCCGAUUGGGAAGUAGCUGCCGAGGCGUGGGACAACCAUCUGAGGAGAAAUCGAUCAAUUGUUGUGGAUCUGUUUCAUGGGCAGCUAAGAUCCCAGGUUAAAUGUAAGACAUGUGGACAUAUAAGUGUCCGAUUUGACCCCUUCAAUUUUUUGUCUUUGCCACUACCAAUGGAUAGUUACAUGCAUUUAGAAAUAACAGUAAUUAAGUUAGAUGGUACAACCCCUGUACGAUACGGACUAAGACUAAAUAUGGAUGAAAAGUACACUGGUUUGAAAAAACAGCUGAGUGACCUCUGUGGUCUUAAGCCAGAACAAAUUCUUCUUGCAGAAGUACACAGUUCCAACAUAAAGAACUUCCCUCAGGACAACCAAAAAGUACGACUGUCAGUGAGUGGAUUUUUGUGUGCAUUUGAAGUUCCCAUCCCUGCAUCUCCGGUUUCUGCUUCCAGUCCUAUACAGACAGAUUUAUCAUCUUCCCCAUCUACAAAUGGCAUAUUCACACUAGCCACCAAUGGGGAUCUGCCCCGACCAAUCUUCAUCCCCAAUGGAAUGCCAAACACUGUCGUGCCAUGUGGAACUGAAAAGAACUUCACAAAUGGACUGGUGAAUGGUCAUGCACCAUCUCUUCCUGAUAAUCCCUUUACAGGGUACAUCAUUGCGGUCCACCGAAAAAUGAUGAGGACAGAACUCUAUUUCCUGUCAUCUCAGAAGAAUCGCCCCAGCCUUUUUGGAAUGCCGUUGAUUGUUCCCUGUACUGUACAUACCCGGAAGAAAGACCUCUAUGAUGCAGUUUGGAUUCAAGUAUCACGAUUAGCCAGCCCACUGCCACCUCAGGAAGCUAGCAACCAUGCUCAGGAUUGUGAUGACAGCAUGGGCUAUCAAUAUCCAUUCACUCUACGAGUUGUGCAAAAAGAUGGAAACUCUUGUGCUUGGUGCCCAUGGUACAGAUUUUGCAGAGGCUGCAAAAUUGAUUGUGGGGAAGAUAGAGCUUUCAUUGGAAAUGCUUAUAUUGCCGUGGACUGGGACCCUACAGCCCUUCACCUUCGCUAUCAAACUUCCCAGGAAAGAGUUGUGGAUGAGCAUGAGAGUGUGGAGCAGAGUCGGCGAGCACAAGCUGAGCCCAUCAACCUGGACAGCUGCCUCCGUGCAUUCACCAGUGAGGAGGAGCUGGGGGAGAAUGAGAUGUACUACUGCUCCAAGUGUAAGACCCACUGCUUGGCAACCAAGAAACUGGAUCUCUGGAGGCUUCCCCCGAUCCUGAUUAUUCACCUUAAACGAUUCCAGUUUGUAAAUGGUCGAUGGAUAAAAUCACAGAAAAUUGUUAAAUUUCCUCGUGAGAGUUUUGACCCUAGUGCUUUUUUGGUACCAAGAGACCCUGCUCUCUGCCAGCGUAAACUCCUCACAGCCCAGGGCGAUGACCGGUGUGAGCCGCGGGUUCCGGCAGGAGAGGUGAAGAGGGUGGAUGCCCAGAGCUCAGCUGGGGAGGAGGACGUGCCACUCAGCAAGAGCCCGUCCUCCCUCAGCGCGAACAUCGUCGGGAGCCCGAAAGGUUCACCUUCUUCAUCAAGAAAGAGUGGAACCAGCUGUCCCUCCAGCAAAAACAGUAGCCCUAACAGCAGCCCAAGGACUUUGGGGAGAAGCAGAGGGAGGCUCCGGCUGCCCCAGAUUGGCAGCAAAAAUAAACUGUCAAGUAGUAAAGAGAACUUAGAUGCCUGCAGAGAAAAUGGGGCUGGGCAGAUCUGUGAACUGACUGAUGCUUUAAACCGAAUGCAUAUACUGGGAGGCAGCCAGCCUGAACUUGUCACCCCUCAGGACCACGAGGUAGCUUUGGCCAAUGGAUUUCUUUAUGAGCAUGAGGCAUGUAGCAAUGGCUAUAGCAAUGGUCAGCUUGGAAACCACAGUGAAGAAGACAGCAUCGAUGACCAAAGAGAUGAUACUCGUAUUAAGCCCAUUUAUAAUCUUUAUGCAAUCUCGUGCCAUUCAGGAAUUCUGGGUGGGGGUCAUUACGUCACAUAUGCCAAAAAUCCAAACUGCAAGUGGUACUGUUACAAUGACAGCAGCUGUAAGGAACUUCACCCUGAUGAAAUUGACACCGAUUCUGCCUACAUUCUUUUCUAUGAGCAACAGGGGAUAGAUUGUGCACAAUUCCUGCCUAAGAUCGAUGGCAAAAAGAUGGCGGACACAAGCAGCAUGGACGAAGACUUUGAGUCCGAUUAUAAAAAGUACUGUGUGUUACAGUAGAGUACCACUCUGGCUGCUAGACAGACUGUUGGUGAGGGAGAGGAGUCCUUGUAGCUGACAUUUGGCAAAGGCAUCAGUGAAAGGCAAGCUAAAUGUAGUUAUUUUAUCCUAUGACCCUGAAGCACAAAAUAAAAUUCCUAAUUAAAAUAGCAGUUACCUUUAAGAGUAGUAAUAAUUUUGUUUUGAAGUCUCAUACAGGCUCUCCACUAGAGACCUUUCAGGCAAAAUUCCACCAUUAGCCUGUAAGCAAAAGAAUUUGGCACCAGCCAUCUGGGACCAAAUAAGAAUUUAACUGUGCUUGUCAAGAUGUGAACAAAUGUGUAGUGAGUAUAGAGUUUACUAAUAAUCAUAACAAAAUACUAAAGCUUUCCUUGGAGUAAAAAUUAAAAAAAAAAAAGUUGUAGUGUUGUCUGGGGACGACAUGACAUGCUACCUCCUUUUUCCUGAAGUUUUAUUCCAGUGUAUUGACAAGAGGAAAAAAGCAAGAAAAACAAGAUCAUGAAGGUGUGCAAAUGAUACUUACUGCAUGGAAGCAGAUUUUUUUAUUUUUAAAAUUGUUUCCCUGCUCUUUGUUUCUUUUUGUUUCUAUUGUUGUGUUCGUGUUGGAGACACAACCGGUCAUUGGUGGCAGAGGCAUGUAGUGGGCCGUCUGAAGAGUCUCAGAGGAACGAUGUGCCUUCUACCCUGGGAAACCCAGUAGGAAGACAGCAUCCUCAGAAGUGUGCUCCCUCCCCCACUGCCAAGAGUGGCAUCUAAGGGGAUGAUUGCCAAUGUUUGCACCAUCUUACCAUGCACAUAUUGCACAGAGGGCUUCUGGGAGGGUCAGCAGUGUCAGAGCUGGCUGUUUCACAAUGAGUGGUGGUUUUUAUCUUUGUGUUGCACUUUAAUGAGAGAGAAUGGAUACAAAUGUACUAGUCUAUAUUUGAUGGCUCUAAGGGCUAUAAAUUAACUCCACUAGGGUACUUUUCCCCCAUCAUAGUAAAUUCAGAAACAUAACACAUCCCAAACAUGAGUAGUGCUAUAAAGUAUUUUUAAUGAAAUUGAAGGUUUUAAGAAGUAACCUUUAGUUUUAUUUGCAUGUCCUUUUUGUUUUUGUUUAUACUAGUCAUCAAGAGUUAUGUUUCUUUGCUUACUUCAUUUUUUCCUUCAAUUAUUCAAGACUGGAACAAAAGUAUAAAUGUUAUUUAUUUUGAGCAGCGCUUUUUUUUUUCCUGGUUUUUUUUUUUUUAAGUGUAUAUUCAAAGGAAACAUUUAGCCUUUUCUCUCCCCCAGGUUCUCAUGUAUUCAUUUAGACUCUGCAGGUUGAUUCCCAUUCAUUGUCAGAUUUCCUUGCUCUUCCUUAUUCGUAGGUAGUAUGUUCUAAUGUAAUUGUAUUCUGAUAUAUGAGGCCAGUAAAUAUCUCUUCUUAGAGUGUUUGGAAAAAAAAAAUGUCUUAAAAAUUGCUGCUUAUAUUAAAAAGAAUAUAAUUGCAAGUAGGAAUGUGUGACCUAAAUGGUAUAAUGUAAUGAAGUCAGACAAAAAACAUUAUAGUGUCAGGAUUUUCAGUAUAUAAAACCUGUCCAUUCCUACUUGGACAAAUCCCACCAAAAGUGGAAGAUUUUAAAUAAUUUCUUUACAAAUGUUUUAUUUAAGCAGGUAGCACUAUCUACUAAUGUUGUUUGAUCUAUUUGUUAUAUUGGUUGUAAUUAAUUUUUUAAUUCAUGAACUAGCAGAAAGUUUAUUAAAUUAACUAUUAACUACAGUCACCUUGUAAAUUUCUGUAUAAAACUUGUUGACAAUGCACUGACUUUAGAAAGAUGUUAAUGUACAUAGAGUGUAAAUAAGACAGUGUUGGUGUACUGAAAUAUGAGCUGUAUAAAAAAGUAUUGGUAAUUGUAUAUGGAGUGUACCUGUUUAUCUGUAACAUUAUCCAAACAAAUUAAAUACUGUGGAUGCCUCUUUGUGCUGUUUCUCUUCAUACAAGUAAAAGCAAAAAGUCGAGUUCUUUA